CGCCACAUAUUGUGUGCACCAAAUUUCCAGCAAUUUAAAAUAAGAAAAUACUUUGGAUCUAAAUUUUGUAGAAAAAUUUUGCUACAUUGUAAACGUAAUAGUCGAUUUUGCUCCAAAGACACCGGUGUUAAGUGCAUUAUUAACGCAUCGGAAAAUAACAUACGCCUACACUACGAAUUAUUUGAGAUUUUUGGCAACCCGGCAUUGCGUCGUCUGUUGUUCUGCUCUUUUUUUAAGCGGCUUCGUCGCGUGAACAUUGUGUGAAAAGAGUAGUGUGUGGUGUUUUUGAGAAUCGUCUUUUUAAAACACAUUUUGUGAAAACUGCGAAAUCAAAAAUGGCUGCGGACCAGGCACACUUCCAAAACCUUCUCAACUCCUUGUUGUCCAUGGACAAUGAAGUUCGCAAACAGGCAGAGGAUACGUACAACAAUCUGUCGCGGGACUUGAAGGUAACACAUUUGCUGGGCAACCUUCACAAUGGUCAACAAUCGGAGGAGGCACGUCAAAUGGCCGCUGUUCUCUUGCGUCGUCUCUUCACAUCCGAAUUUCUGGAAUUCUACAAAGAGCUGCCUGUGGACUCGCAGAAUCAGCUGUUGCAGCAAAUUCUGAUGGCCGUGCAACAGGAUGUGACGCCACAGUUGCGUCGCAAGAUUUGCGAAGUCAUUGCCGAGGUGGCACGCAAUCUCAUCGACGAGGAUGGCAACAAUCAGUGGCCCGACAUUUUGCAAUUUCUGUUCCAAUGCGCCAACUCACCAACAUCACAGCUCCAGGAGUCGGCGCUGCGCAUCUUCACCAGUGUGCCAUCGAUCUUUGGCAACCAGGAGGCGCAAUACAUGGAUCUGAUCAAACAGAUGCUGGCCAAGAGCAUGGAGAAUGCCGGCGAUGCCGAGGUACGCGUCCAGGCUGUUCGUGCCAUUUGCGCAUUCAUUCUGUAUCACGACAAGGAAAAGGAGCUGUCGGUGUACAAGCAUUUUGGUGAUUUGUUGCCACGCAUGCUCGCAAUCACUGGCGAAACCAUCGAGGCUCAGGAUGAUCAGAGUCUGCUCAAGCUGCUCAUCGAGAUGACCGAGAACUGCCCCAAGUUUUUGCGUCCACAGCUGGAGAACAUUUUCGACAUGUGCAUGAAAGUGUUCAGCUCGCAGGACUUUGAGGAUAGCUGGCGUCACUUGGUGCUCGAGGUGAUGGUCUCGCUUUCCGAGAAUGCCUCCGCCAUGGUGCGUAAGCGUGCCGAGAAAUACAUCAUUGCACUGAUUCCAUUGGUGCUGCAAAUGAUGACGGAUCUGGAUGAGGAACCCGAUUGGGCCACCACCGAUAUUAUCAAUGAGGAUGAUCACAGCGAUAAUAAUGUGAUUGCCGAGUCAUCGUUAGAUCGUUUGGCCUGCGGCCUAGGUGGUAAAAUGGUUUUGCCCCAGGUGAUGGCCAGUUUGCCGGCGAUGUUGAAUCACACCGAUUGGAAGCAUCGUUUUGCCGCCUUGAUGGCCAUCUCGGCCAUCGGCGAGGGUUGCCACAAGCAAAUGGAGGGCAUCCUUGAUCAGGUGAUGUCCGGUGUGCUCAACUAUCUGCGUGAUCCCAAUCCACGUGUGCGUUAUGCCGCCUGCAAUGCCAUCGGCCAGAUGUCGACCGACUUUGCGCCCAACUUUGAGAAGAAGUUCCACGAGCAGGUUGUGCCCGGUUUGCUGCUCCUGCUGGAGGAUGAGGCAAAUCCACGUGUGCAGGCACACGCUGGCGCUGCGCUUGUGAAUUUCAGCGAGGAUUGUCCCAAGAACAUAUUGACACGCUAUCUGGACGCCAUCAUGGCCAAACUGGAGGCCAUUCUCAACUCCAAAUUCAAGGAACUGGUCGAAAAGGGCAACAAGUUGGUGCUCGAGCAAGUGGUCACCACCAUCGCCUCUGUCGCCGAUACAUGCGAACAUGAGUUCGUCGCCUACUACGACCGUUUGAUGCCUUGCCUUAAGUUCAUCAUUCAGAAUGCCAACUCUGAAGAUUUGCGCAUGCUGCGCGGCAAGACCAUUGAAUGUGUGAGCUUGAUUGGCUUGGCCGUCGGCCGUGAGAAGUUCAUUGGCGAUGCCGGCGAAGUGAUGGACAUGCUGUUGAAGACGCACUCCGAGGGUGAUCUGCCCGAUGAUGAUCCGCAGACAUCGUACUUGAUCACCGCCUGGGCACGCAUGUGCAAGAUUCUGGGCAAACAAUUCGAGCAGUAUUUGCCCCUCGUUAUGGGCCCGGUGAUGCGCACCGCUGCCAUGAAGCCAGAGGUGGCACUGCUCGACAACGAAGAGGUCGAGGACAUUGAGGGCGAUGUCGAAUGGUCGUUCAUUACGCUGGGCGAGCAACAGAACUUUGCCAUACGCACCGCUGGCAUGGAGGAUAAGGCUUCCGCUUGCGAAAUGCUCGUUUGCUAUGCGCGCGAGUUGAAGGAUGGCUUCGCCGAAUACGCCGAGGAGGUGGUGCGUCUAAUGGUGCCACUGCUGAAGUUCUACUUCCACGAUGGUGUGCGCUCCGCAGCCGCUGAAUCGUUGCCCUAUUUGUUGGAUUGCGCCAAGAUUAAGGGCCCACAGUAUCUGGAGGGCAUGUGGCUGUAUAUUUGCCCCGAAUUGAUCAAGGUGAUCAGCACUGAACCCGAGCCCGAUGUGCAAUCCGAGCUGUUGAAUUCAUUGGCCAAAUGCAUUGAGACCUUGGGCGCCAACUGCUUGAACGAGGCAUCCAUGAAGCAGGUGCUCGAGAUUGUCAACAAGUUUGUGACCGAUCACUUUGAACGCGCCGACAAGCGUUUGGCUGUCCGCACCGAGGAGGAUUACGACGAUGGCGUCGAGGAGGAGUUGGCCGAACAGGAUGAUACCGAUAUCUAUAUUCUGUCCAAGAUUGUGGACAUUAUUCAUGCGUUGUUCUUGACGAACAAGGCACAAUUCUUGCCUGCCUUUGAGCAGGUGGCACCACUGUUUGUCAAGCUGCUGGAUCCCAAUCGUCCAUUCGCCGAUCGCCAGUGGGGAUUGUGCGUAUUCGAUGAUCUGAUCGAAUUCUGUGGUCCCGCUGCUUUGCCGUAUCAGCAAAUCUUUGCGCCCGCUCUGCUGCAGUAUGUGGCCGACAAGUCGCCGGAAGUGCGUCAAGCAGCCACCUACGGCUGUGGUGUCCUGGGACAAUUUGGUGGCGAUCAAUUUGCCCACACAUGCGCUCAGUUCAUUCCACUGCUCGUCCAGGUCAUCAACGAUCCCAAGGCCCGCGAGGUGGAGAACAUCAAUGCCACCGAGAACGCGAUCUCAGCGUUUUCGAAAAUAUUGAAAUACAACAAGUCGGCAUUGACCAAUGUGGAUGAGUUGAUAGGCGCCUGGUUCACGUGGCUGCCAACAUCGGAGGAUACCGAGGAGGCCGUGCACAUCUAUGGUUACCUCUGCGAUCUGAUUGAGGGCAACCAUCCGGUUAUACUGGGCGCCAACAAUUGUAAUCUGCCUCGCAUUGUCUCCAUCAUUGCUGACACCUUCUGCACCGAUUUGGUCGAAGCCAAGACACCGACAGGAACCCGCAUGCUCACCAUUGUCAAGCAGAUUGAAUCCAAUCCCGAUGUCAUGCAGGCUUGUGCCAGCACCUUGAGUCCCGAGCAGCAGCAGGCACUGCAGGAAGCCUAUCGGGAAUUGGCCACAGCAGCGGCGUCAACCUAAACUGGGUGGGAGAGCAGCGAACGCCAGUUCACACGCCUAAAUCCCUAAUUCUCCUCUAAAGCAGCGCUUCAGGCACGCAUCGAGAAAAGAAAACAAAAAAAAACAAUUCUAGGAUUUAUAUAUACAUAUAUAUACUUAACUUUGCAAAGAUUAUGGAAAA